GCCGAGGGAGCUGCCGCUACUGCCACCGCCGCCACGAGGGGCCGCCCGCGGCCCCAUCCGAGUCCCGCCCGCGUCCAUGGCCUUUCUGACCGCCUGGAAGGGGGCGGCCUCCGGGAAAAGCGACCGCAGGACUCCUGUGAGCAGCCUCCAUGAGGCCCUGGACCAGUGCAUGACCGCCCUGGACCUCUUCCUCACCAACCAGUUCUCAGAAGCACUCAACUACCUCAAGCCCAGAACCAAGGAGAGCAUGUACCACUCGCUGACGUAUGCCACCAUCCUGGAAAUGCAGGCCAUGAUGACGUUUGACCCCCAGGACAUCUUACUUGCUGGCAACAUGAUGAAGGAGGCGCAGUCACUGUGUCAGAGGCAUCGGAGGAAGUCCUCUGUAACAGAUUCCUUCAGCAGCCUGGUGCACCGCCCCACAAUGGACCAGUUCACGGAAGAGGAAAUCCACGCUGAGGUUUGCUACGCAGAGUGCCUGCUGCAGAGAGCAGCCCUGACCUUCCUGCAGGAUGAGAACAUGGUGAGCUUCAUCAAGGGCGGCAUCAGAGUUCGAAACAGCUACCAGACUUACAAGGAGCUGGACAGCCUCAUGCAGUCCUCACAGUACUGCAAGGGAGAGAACCACAGGCACUUUGAAGGAGGGGUGAAGCUUGGUGUGGGAGCCUUCAACCUGACCCUGUCCAUGCUUCCUACUAGGAUCCUGCGGCUGCUGGAAUUUGUGGGGUUUUCAGGAAACAAGGACUACGGGCUGCUGCAGCUGGAGGAGGGGGCGUCGGGGCACAGCUUCCGCGCCGUGCUCUGUGUCAUGCUGCUGCUGUGCUACCACACCUUCCUCACCUUCGUGCUCGGCACCGGGAAUGUCAACACUGAGGAGGCAGAGAAGCUUUUGAAGCCCUACCUGAAGCGGUACCCCAAGGGUGCCAUAUUCCUGUUCUUUGCGGGCCGGAUUGAAGCCAUUAAAGGCAAUAUUGACACGGCCAUCCGGCUGUUCGAGGAGUGCUGUGAGGCCCAGCAGCACUGGAAGCAGUUCCACCACAUGUGCUACUGGGAGCUGAUGUGGUGCUUCACCUACAAGGGCCAGUGGAAGAUGGCCUACUUCUACGCAGACCUGCUCAGCAAGGAGAACUCCUGGUCCAAGGCCACCUACAUCUACAUGAAGGCUGCCUACCUUAGCAUGUUUGGGAAGGAGGACUACAAGCCGUUCGGGGAUGACGAAGUGGAGUUGUUUAGAGCUGUACCAGGCCUGAAGCUCAAGAUUGCUGGGAAAUCUCUACCAGAGAAGUUUGCCAUCCGGAAGUCCAGACGCUACCUCUCCCCCAAACCUGUCUCAUUGCCAAUCCCUGCUCUGGAAAUGAUGUACAUUUGGAAUGGCUACGCGGUGAUUGGGAAGCAGCCGGAACUCACAGAUGGAAUACUUGAGAUUAUCAUCAAGGCUGAAGAGAUGCUGGAAAAGGGCCCAGAGAAUGAGUACUCAGUGGAUGAUGAGUGCUUGGUGAAGUUGCUGAAAGGCCUCUGUUUGAAAUACCUGGGCCGUGUCCAGGAGGCUGAGGAGAAUUUCAGGAGCAUCUCUGCCAACGAAAAGAAGAUUAAAUAUGACCACUACUUGAUCCCAAAUGCCCUACUAGAGCUGGCCCUGCUGUUUAUGGAGCAAGGCAGAAAUGAAGAGGCUGUCAAACUCUUGGAAACUGCCAAGCAAAACUAUAAGAAUUAUUCCAUGGAGUCAAGGACACACUUUCGAAUCCAGGCAGCCACACUCCAAGCCAAGUCUUCCCUAGAGAAUGGCAACAGAUCCAUGGUCCCAUCAGUGUCCUUGUAGUUUUGUGCAGCACUCCCAGGCUGGAAGACAGAGUCAUCUGGACAGAUCUCCUGGAAACAUUUCAAAAAGGUCCCCUCACCCUGCCCUGCCUUUGGGGUCCACCGGUGCUCCAGUGGGAUGGCAUGACAUAGGUCUCUGUGCAGAAGUGAAGCUGGCAUUUUCACCAGUGUGGCCAAGGGCCUUUGCCAAGGACAGAGCAGGUAGAACCCUCUGCCUGCCCUAUCACAUAUACGGGUACUUGUUUUUCACUGUGAUGUUUAAGAGAAUGUAUGAACAGUUUACAUUUUUCCUAAGAAAUACAUUGAUGGGAUCAAAGUUGGCUUAAAAAAAAAAGAAAGAAAGAAAACCACCAACCAACCACCUGUAAAUCAUUGUUUUAACCCAUACUGAUGAGGUAAAUCUGUAUGAUGCCACAGGCCAAAGUGCUUUUCAGACUUCAGCGAGGUCUCAGCUUCUAGGGCUGGAAGGACCCUCAGGAGGGUGUGCAUCUCAGGCUUCAAGGCUUCUGGGGGUUGGACAUAGAGGUUUUCACACAGACUCCUACCACUCUACUUCUGAACACUUCAUUUUUACUGCCUUUGUAAGUUUCCAAUUUAAAAAAAACCAAGCAUGUCUUUUUAGUUGAGAUAAUUUUGAGUUCAUCUGUAGGAAGAAAAAAAUCAAUUAUUUCCACCAGUAAGAAAUGGCGAUGCCGAGGCCUGACUGAAGGGGAUCUGUGUGGCACUUUCUGUGCCAAAGCCAAAAAAUUUGGCAGGCAGUUUCUCAGACGCUAGUCUGACUCCUUGCUAUAUGCCAAACUGAAACCACUGGGAAUAAUUUAUGAAACAUAAAAAUCUUCUGUACUUCACUUCAAGGUACAUUUAUUUACUGACAGCAUUUUUCUUAGAAACAGAAUGGUUACUCUUGGCCUGUUGUGUAUGUUUUAGAUUUUUCAGUUAAGAGAAAAGAGGUAUUUAAGUAAUAAAACAUACACUUAAGAGAUCAUGCAACAUCUAUUUCAGUAAAAUAUGUGUUGCUUGAAUUCUUAGGCAGGGCAGAAAGUUUGGAUCAGAAGACAUAUGGCCCAGGCAUGUUUUAUUUAGACAAGAUAAUGUUUAAAGAAUUUUAGAGUAAGUUACUAACACUUAAAAAUGGAGAGAUUUCACAAAUAAAUCUGGCUUCUGGUC